UCUCGUGGGCAUGGACGUUGUCCGACCGGCCCAGUCGAGCCAAUCAGACGCGGUGGGAGCGGAACUCGGUCGAACGGCUCACCCAAUGGGAAGCCGUCGAGGAGACACGGCGGUCCGUUCGACGUGUACGGACAUGUUUGGUCCGUCGACUCGUCCGAGGUCGGUUUGGUUCUCGGCCGAGGCCGAGGCCGAGGCCAAGCGGAAGCCAACCGCGGAUACUCGAGGUCGGUUGGCGUUGACGACAAGGCCUUGAGGCUACCAGCGCCAGCGCCUCCGGAAAGGGCGCGUUGCACCCGACGCUCGAGGACCAGCUCGGCCGCGGAGGCGAGCGGCUCCCUCCUCGACGCCUGCGCUGCCUGUUGCCUGGGCGAAUGGAAAACGAAGAUGCGGCGGGUUGGGGUGGAGGCGGGGUUGGAGUCGGGUCAAAAGAGCAUAACAACUAUUUCAGAACAAACUCAACAAUUAGGCAUCAACAGAUUUUGCGAAACCAGCCUCACGUCGAAGAGGCAUCUCAACCGCUUCAGCACAAACGACCCCUCAUUGGUACUCUCGACACCGUCGGAAGGUGUCGUCUACACAAAUUGGGUCCCUCGUCAACUGAGCCGGUCUUCACUCAUCCCGUUUCGACGCGAUUGCAGACUCGAUCUCGCCCCACCGCCUCUCAUCACCACCCGAACUCGAUUCAUGACCGAGUGGAACACAUCCCGACGACACAUUAUCGCCCAAAUAAACACACACACACACACACACAUACAGGGAGAGUGA